UAUAGAGAGUACACACAUAAAGCCGUGAGUGUAUAAAUACGUUAUCUACCAACAACUUACACAUAAACCCCCAACACACACAAAACCGAUUGUGAAGGAAAAGAGACAAAAAUAACAGAAAAGAAGAAACAAAAAACUCGCUUAUAUAUAGUUAUGAUGGCAAACCGUUUCCUCCGACCAAAUCUCAUCCACCGUUUCUCCACCGUGAGUCCCGUCGGUCCUCCUGCAACCAUCAUCCCGGAGAUUCUUUCCUUUGACCAACCAAAAUCAGAUGUUGACCUCGAUCUCUCUGACCAAGCUAGACUCUUUGCUUCUGUCCCAAUAUCGGACCUUUUCCGUUCAACGGCCGUUCUUCACGCUACGGCUAUAGGCCCUAUGGUCGAUCUUGGCUCGUGGGUCAUGAGCUCGAAGCUCAUGGACGCGACCAUAACACGCGACUUAGUCCUCCGUUUCGUGAAAGGAACGUUUUACGACCAUUUCUGCGCCGGUGAAGACGCGGCUGCCGCCGCAAGGCGCGUGAGCAGCGUGUAUGAGUCAACGGGACUUAAAGGAAUGUUGGUGUACGGCGUUGAACAUGCCGAAGACGGUGGUGCGUGUGAUAGCAACAUCGAGAAAUUCCUUGAGACCGUUGAAGCUGCGAAAACCCUACCUACGUCACACUUAAGCUCCGUGGUAGUGAAAAUCACAGCGAUUUGUCCAAUGAGUCUCCUAAAACGAGUAAGCGAUUUGCUCCGGUGGCAAUACAAGAACCCAAAUUUCAAACUUCCAUGGAAACUCAAUUCGCUUCCAGUUUUCUCCGGUUCAAGUCCUCUCUACCACACAACCUCCGAACCUGAGCCAUUAACCGUAGAGGAAGAAGAAGAGCUUGAAAAAGCUCACGAACGCAUCAAAUCCAUCUGUCUUCGAUGCCAAGAAUCGAACGUACCGUUACUAAUCGAUGCCGAAGACACGAUUCUCCAACCAGCGAUCGAUUACAUGGCGUAUUGGUCGGCGAUCAUGUUCAAUUCGGACAAAGAUCGACCAAUUGUGUACAACACGAUUCAGGCUUAUUUGAAAGAUGCAGGAGAGAGAUUGCACUUGGCAUUCAGAGAAUCAGAGAAAAUGAAUGUUCCUAUUGGGUUUAAAUUGGUGCGAGGUGCUUAUAUGUCUAGUGAAGCUAGGUUAGCAGAUUCCUUGGGUUACAAGUCACCAGUCCACGACACCAUUCAAGACACACAUGCUUGCUACAAUGAAUGUAUGACUUUCCUUAUGGAGAAAGCCUCCAAUGGAUCCGGCAUUGCUGUCAUUCUAGCGACGCAUAACACCGAUUCCGGUAAACUAGGGGCAAGGAAAGCAAGUGAGCUAGGGAUCAAUAAAGAGAACGGGAAGAUUGAGUUUGCGCAGCUUUACGGGAUGUCGGAUGCAUUAUCUUUCGGAUUGAAAAGGUCCGGUUUUAAUGUCAGCAAGUACAUGCCCUAUGGACCUGUCGCAACCGCGGUUCCAUACCUUAUAAGACGGGCAUAUGAAAACCGCGGUAUGAUGUCCACAGGUGCUCUAGACCGCCAGCUUAUGAGGAUGGAGCUCAAGAGGAGAAUAAUGGUUGGGUGAAGAGAGGAGAACAAUAUGUAUCAAUGGAAAGGACACAUUUAUGAAAUUUGGCAAAUUUUAUAGAUUUAAAAUUUAUGUAUAAGUUAAGUAGUAAAAUAUCUGAUGUUGUUUGAUCACAAUAAAAGGGUAUCAUUUUUACAUUAGCCGUGUUCCUUUAACAGUCGCUGCCGCAGCUACCGGCGACAAAAAAACAAGGCUUUCAUCUCUCCUUUCAUCUCUUCUUUCUCUCCUCUAAUGCUUUAUACUUCUAUUGUUUUCUGCCGCUGCGGCUUUGAUCCGAUGAUUUUGGAGACGCCAAAAAUUAACAGCGGCAGAACAGUAAUUCUUUUUGUGAAGCUGCGACAGUCGGCGGUGCGGUAAACUUGACUUUAUUGAAUCAUUCACUUGUUAUUUUUCUGCCGCUACAAAUGCUGCGACUGUAAAACCAACAGGGCUGUAUCUAUCAUUUGUGCCAGUGGUAAUGCAAUUAGCGUCUUUUAUUUUCUGCUAAUUGUUGUACUCUCAUACCAAAAAAACAGGAAGAAGAAGAGAUGUGAAG